AUGCCCACUAUCUCGGUUGACAAGGCCGCUCUCUUCAAGGAGCUGGGCCGGGAGUAUACCACGGAGGAAUUCGAUGAGCUAUGCUUUGAAUUUGGCAUUGAGUUGGAUGAAGACACGACCGACCAGGAGCGCCCAAUCGUCGACGGAGUGCAAGAACCCCCGCAGCUGAAGAUUGAGAUCCCCGCCAACCGAUAUGACUUGCUGUGCUUUGAGGGCAUUGCCCUGAUGCUUAAUAUCUUCUUGGGCCGCAAGUCCCUGCCCGACUACAAGUUGAUUGAGCCUGCGAACGGCCAGCUCCAGGAAAUCAUUGUCAAGGAGGAUACCACAAAAAUCCGACCCUACGUGUCCGGUGCGAUUCUCCGUAACGUCAAGUUCGACAAAGCUCGCUAUGAAUCCUUCAUCGCCCUCCAAGACAAGCUUCACCAGAACCUGGCCCGCCAACGGACCCUCGUCUCUAUUGGCACCCAUGAUUUGGACACUGUCCAGGGUCCUUUCACAUACGAGGCCCUUGCCCCUAAGGACAUCAAGUUCAUUCCUUUGAACCAAACCCAGGAGAUGAACGGUGAGGAAUUGAUGACUUUCUACGAGAAGCACCAGCAAUUGGGCAAGUACCUGCACAUUAUUCGCGACUCUCCUGUGUAUCCAGUCAUCUACGACUCAAAGCGCACUGUCUGCUCUCUGCCUCCCAUCAUCAACGGUGACCACUCUAAAAUCACAUUGGACACUACCAACGUUCUCAUUGAGAUCACUGCUCUCGACCGGACGAAGCUUGAGAUUGUGAACCGCAUGAUGGUUACCAUGUUCUCCCAAUACACCUCCGAGCCUUUCACCAUCGAACCCGUUAAGAUCGUCUCAGAGCACAAUGGCGAGACUCGUAUCACUCCCGAUCUCAGCCCCCGCACCACACAGGCUGAAGUUUCUUACAUCAACCAAUGCUGUGGUCUGAACCUCACUCCCAUCGAAAUCUGCAACAACUUGAGGAAGAUGGCUUUCCGCGCCAAGCCUUCGACCAACAACUCGAACACCGUUGACGUCGAGAUCCCCCCAACCCGUGCAGAUGUUCUUCACCAGUGUGAUAUCAUGGAGGAUGUCGCCAUCGCCCACGGCUUCAACUCGCUUCCGCGCGCGUUCCCCAACAUCUCCGGUACCAUUGGCCAGCCCCUCCCUAUCAACAAGCUGACCGACAUCAUCCGUGUGGAGACUGCCAUGGCCGGCUGGACUGAGGUUCUGCCGCUGAUUCUCUGCUCGCACGACGAGAACUUCGCCUGGCUGAACCGUAAGGAUGACGGAAACACUGCUGUCAGACUGGCCAACCCCAAGAGUCUUGAGUUCCAGAUCGUUCGCACCAGCCUGAUUCCGGGCCUGCUGAAGACUAUCCGCGAGAACAAGUCACACACCGUGCCCAUGAAGGUCUUCGAGGUCAGCGACGUUGCGUUUAAGGAUCUAUCUCUCGAGCGGAAGAGCCGCAACGAGAGACACUUUGCCGCUGCGUGGUAUGGCAAGACCAGCGGUUUUGAAGUUGUCCACGGUCUCCUUGACCGCGUGAUGACUAUGCUUAAGAGUGCUUUCAUCACUGCUGAGGAAGGCCUCGAUUACUCUUCUAUGAGCGAUUCGCAAUACUUCAUCAAAGAGCUGGAUGACCCUACUUACUUCCCUGGUCACUCCGCUUCCAUUCACCUGCGUGUUGGCGGUAAGGAGCACGUCAUUGGUACCUUUGGGAUCCUGCAUCCCACGGUGCUUGAGAAGUAUGAGCUCAAGUACCCGGUCACUACUCUGGAGAUCAACAUUGAGCCUUUCCUCUAG